AUGGUCGACGAGAAGGGAAGACGAAACUCGAAAAUUUCUAGGGACCAACUGGUGACAAGCACUACAUGGACUCUGUAUCAGCUGGCUCUUCACCCUGAAAUCGUCCGAAGACUGCGAGUAGAGACAAUCUCAAUUUUUGGCUCUGACCCAUCACCCACCCUGCAGGACCUCGAUAAAAUGAAUCUUCUAAAGAAUGUCAUCUGUGAAACGAUGCCCUUGAACCCUUCUGUUGGCUUUAACAUCCGAGAGGCCCUCACCGACGCCACUUUACCAAGAGGAGGGAAAAGAUGGUUAGGACGUUAUUGCCCUUCAGAAAGGCGACGUUUCAUGUCCCUGCUGGGCAUGUACCGCAACCCAGACUCUAUCGGCCCAGACACUGAUAAAUGGCGCCCUGAUCGCUGGGUACCUGGACUCCGCCGAAGGGAGAGUUCAUCUCCUUCAGCAUCGGCCCAUGUGUAUGCUUGGGUCAGGCAUUCGGCCAGUUCCAGAUGGAGUAUGUAA